GCCGCGGGCCCCGGACUCGGGGAGCGGCGGGCGGAGCGGUGUGUGGAGCCUGCGGCAUAAGAGGAAGGCGCUGUCCGAGAGAACGGGAUCUGCACCGCCGCUGUGUCCCGGCCUUGGAAGUGGUUCAGCCAUGGUUGAGAUUAAGAAGAUCUGUUGCAUUGGUGCGGGCUACGUCGGUGGACCCACAUGCAGUGUCAUUGCUCACAUGUGCCCUGAGAUCAGGGUAACGGUUGUGGAUGUCAACGAGGCAAGGAUCAAUGCGUGGAAUUCUCCAACCCUUCCUAUUUAUGAGCCUGGGCUAAAGGAAGUAGUCGAAUCCUGUCGAGGGAAAAAUCUGUUUUUUUCUACCAAUAUUGAUGAUGCCAUCAGAGAAGCCGAUCUAGUAUUUAUUUCUGUGAACACACCAACAAAAACAUAUGGCAUGGGAAAAGGCCGGGCAGCAGAUCUGAAGUAUAUCGAAGCUUGCGCUCGCCGCAUUGUGCAGAAUUCAAAUGGGUACAAAAUCGUGACUGAGAAAAGCACGGUCCCCGUGCGGGCAGCAGAGAGCAUCCGGCGCAUAUUUGAUGCCAACACCAAGCCCAACCUGAACUUACAGGUCCUGUCCAAUCCCGAGUUCUUGGCAGAGGGAACAGCCAUCAAGGACCUGAAGAACCCGGACAGAGUCUUGAUCGGAGGGGAUGAAACCCCAGAGGGCCAGAAAGCUGUCCGGGCACUCUGUGCAGUGUAUGAGCACUGGGUUCCUAAGGAGAAGAUCCUCACCACCAACACGUGGUCCUCAGAGCUUUCCAAGCUGGCAGCCAACGCCUUCCUCGCCCAGAGGAUCAGCAGCAUCAACUCCAUAAGCGCCCUGUGUGAAGCGACGGGCGCAGAUGUGGAGGAGGUGGCAACAGCCAUCGGGAUGGACCAAAGAAUUGGGAAUAAGUUUCUAAAAGCCAGCGUUGGUUUUGGUGGGAGCUGCUUCCAAAAAGAUGUUCUGAAUUUGGUUUAUCUCUGUGAGGCUCUGAAUCUGCCUGAAGUAGCUCGUUACUGGCAGCAGGUCAUAGACAUGAAUGACUACCAGAGGAGAAGGUUUGCAUCACGGAUCAUAGACAGCCUGUUUAAUACAGUGACCGAUAAGAAGAUAGCUAUCUUGGGGUUUGCAUUCAAAAAGGAUACAGGCGAUACCAGGUACCUGUUUUUUAAAACAUUUUAAAAAAAUGUGUGUGUG